AUGCGACAUCUUAGAGGAAGAUGGCGAGAUGCUGUCAAUGCACAUAAAGAGAAUUUGGGCGAAAUGGUUGUGAAGGAAUGGGAAGAAGCACUUGAAGAAGUCUGUUCCUUGAAAGGAUGGGAAUCAGAGGAAAUUGAUAAUGGGUAUGAAGGAACAUUGGUUAAAAUUGUUGUUAGAAAAGUUAUGGCCGAGUUAAAAAGACUUUUUUUGUUAUGUGUUCCUGAACAGUUGGUGGGAAUCGAUGAUCAUGUGGAACAAAUUAUGAGUAAGAUAGAUGCAAAAUUCAAUGGUACAAGGAUUAUUGGGAUUUAUGGAAUGGGCGGCAUUGGUAAGACAACUCUUGCAAAGGUGUUAUACAACAAACUCUCUAGUCAUUUUGAAAAUCGUAGCUUUGUGGCAGAUAUUCGAGAAACAUCUCAGCGUGAGGGCAUAAAAUUUCUACAAAAGCUGCUCAUUUCUGACAUAAUAGGAAGUUCAUUUGAUGUGUCUAGUGUCGAUGAAGGAGUCAAUAUCAUCAAAUGUCGAUUUGCAAGUAAGAAAGUCUUAAUUCUUCUAGAUGAUAUGGAUGAUCGUACUAACUUGAAUGCUUUGAUUAAGGAUGGUAGUUGGUUUGAAGUGGGAAGUAUAGUCAUCAUCACAACUAGAAACAAAAGCAUUCUCGAUGAGGCUAGGGCAAGCUACAUGUACCCACUCAACGAGUUGUCUUUUGAUCAAUCAUUGAUUUUAUUUAGUAGACAUGCAUUUCGAAACGAUUUUCCUCAUGGUUAUUACAAGGCUAUCUCUUGUGAAAUUGUAUCUACUACCGGGGGACUUCCAUUAUCUCUUGAAGUUGUAGGUUCAUUCUUAUGUGGAAGGAAAGAAGAAGUAUGGAAAGAUACAUUAAAGAAAUUAAAGAAAGCGCCCGAUAAGACAGUGCAAGAGAAGUUGAAAAUAAGUUAUGAAGCAUUAGAUGAUGAGGAGCAACAAAUAUUUUUGGAUAUUGCAUGCUUUUUCAUUGGAUCACAUAAGGAAAACCCAACUUACAUGUGGGAUGCCAGUGAUUUUCUCCCAGGGAGGGGGAUUGAAGUAUUGAGUUCUAUGUCCCUAAUUGAAAUUCAUGAAUAUGGCAACCUAUUGAUGCAUGAUCAAUUGAGAGAUCUUGGAAGGGAAAUUGUUCGUCUGGAAAAUGCAAAGCAGCCUCAAAAGCGGAGCAGAUUAUGGAAUUAUGAGGAGGCUGCAGAUGUAAUUGAUGGAAACAAGAAGGCAACGGAGCUCAAAGUUCUCUACCUCACAAAUUGUCAAUCUUUAAAAAGAACUCCCGACUUGUCCACUUUCAAAAGGUUGGAGAUUUUGACUCUUAAAGAUUGUCACAAUCUGGAAGAGCUUCAUCCUUCUAUUGGAAAUCUGGCAUCAUUGAUUAAGCUGAACUUAAGUGAGACAUCGAUUAUGAAAUUGCCCGAAAGCAUUGGGAAUUUGCAAAAUUUGAGGGUCUUGAAUAUUCAUAGAACUAGCUUAACAGAAUUGCCUGAAUCCAUUGGUGCCAUGAAGGAGCUCAAGGUUAUUAAAGCCUAUCUGUGUACAAACUUAGCCCACAUACCCAGCUCUAUAGGCAGUCUAGCAUCUCUGCAAACGUUGGACUUAUGGGGAUGUCAUUCGUUGACAGAGAUCCCCGACUCGAUUGGAAAUCUAGCAUCAUUGAUUGAGUUGGAAGCUUGCUAUUGCAAAAACCUGGAGCGACUACCUAGUAACAUAUGCAAACUGAUUUCGCUAGAGAAGCUCCUCCUUUUCGACUGUGAAAAGCUUCGAGAAUUACCUAAACUGCCCUCCGGCUUAACGGAACUAAGUAUCACCUGCCAGGGGCAGUCUUUGCCCCAUCUUUCCCAGCUAACCCGUCUCGAGAUACUCUGUCUUAUAGAUUGCCAUUGGCUUGAAUGUGUCCCAGAGCUUCCCAUUGGACUAUCGGAGCUUUAUAUUGAUGGUUGUGGAAAAUUGAAAGCCUUCACGAAUUUGUCAGACUUGAAACACUUGCGACAUUUCCAAAUAGUUGGGAUGGCAGUGUUCAGUUUCUUAGCGGUGCCCUUCUACAUCUUCCCGGGACUGUUGCUUGGGAGCGAGGCUGCUGAAAUCACCGUGACGACAAUAUUCUCUUUUGUGGAAGCUGAGAAGCCUCUCUCCUUAAUGGUUGUUUCCAAGUCCCUGGUGGCAAAGAUAGACUGGCCAAUGGGAAUUGUCAAUUUCCAAAUGACAAAGGACAGCAAUGAGAUUUUGAAUUCAGCGGAGACAAUUUUGGAAAAGCUGCUUGACCUUGUCAAGAAAAGUUGCCCCCAAAUCCCAAAGGAAACCACAGUUCAUAAGGCUGCUUUGAGAGCUUGA